AAGCUGUGAGUGCCAGGUUGGAGCCCCGGUUGGAAGUCCGCGUGCUCCGAGUGGUGCGGAGCGCAGGUGUCCCGUAUUAUCUUUUUUCCCGCCGCAUCACUCCGGUGUGCGUGCGCGGCGUGAGGAGCGCGGCGUGCUCGUGGUUCACAGGCGGGACGAGGCGUUGUCGUUUACCCGUAAGCGUGCUUCUCUGCGCGCAACUGAGGAAGCUGCGUUACCUCGAGAAAAAGCCAUAGAAGCAAGGGUACGAGACCAUUGGGAAAAGGGAGUCAUCGCCCUCGACUCCGUGCCGAAAUAGACUCGCCCUGAGUGAAUCUCUGCUUGCUCUUUACAGUAUUUCCUUCCUGCAUUCGCUAUACGCCGUAAGAGUCCAACGUGGCACCGUGCAAUGACAAGUGAAAAACUCCGAUUUGCUACGGAGUAGUGGACUGAGAAGAAGACAGAAAAAAAAUGUAGAUAUGGCGGUGCGAAAAGGGCGCUCGCCACGCCUCGAAAGAAAAACCUAUGGUGGUUUGAAAAGAUAUCAGCUGCCAACUCGCGGCUGAUAUAUGCAGCGAGCAUCCCGAGGAAAAUCCGCGAGCAUUGCUACACCGAGCAGGAUUUAGGGACAGAUAUAUCAGAAAGCCAGUCGGGGUUCCUCCAAGGCAUGUCGACUCCCAUGUCGUCCCUUCGUCUGUUCGAAACUACAUUUUGCUCCGUGUGAAGAAGCUCGCUGCGAUCCAGUGUUCACUUUGUUCUCAACAAAUGCUCCUGCCCCGACGGGUUGUUGAAGCUCAUUUGUUGUGACUGCCGGGGACUGCACACAACCUUACAGGCUUCCAGACUUUAUGCCGGCCACUGACCGGACACGGCGGAGACAGUGAAUGACUUUGGUUCCCGCUGGAACUAGAUUCGUGAGACAGUGAUGUGCAUUGAACCGUAGUGAAACCAUAUUGGUCUGACGCAAUGGAGAGCAACGACAGGCGCUGCUGCUUCUUUCUUAUACUACUGGCCUCACUCGCCGCCGGCUCAUGGGCUUCCACGUCCGGCCAGGGUCCUCGAUUUAUUCGAGAACCGCCGUCCCGGCUUCGCUUCCACAACAGCACGGGAGGCAGUGUCGAGUGUUCGGCCCGGGGUCAUCCGAUGCCGGAACUUCGUUGGCUCGCCCUGGACGAUACCGGCGUAGUUCCCGGGACUCCCGCACUCGAUCUACCGGGCCUGCGUCGAGUGCGCGCCGACGGCUCGCUAGAGUUCCUUCCGUUCCGUGCCGACGAGUACCGCCAGGACGUGCAUUCGGCCACCUAUCGCUGCAUCGCCUCCAACCGCAUCGGUGUGAUCGGCAGCAGGGAUGUCCACGUUCGCGCCGUUGUGCAGCAUCCGUACAAGCCACAGGUGUACGACGAGUUUGUCAUCGCCGGCAACACAGCAGUUUUCCGCUGCAGUGUCCCGAGCUUCGUGCGAGAUUUCCUGGAUUUCUUCGCGUGGAUACGAGAUGAUGGCACGGUCAUCACCAGCAGCUUGGAAAAAGGUCGGUACAGUAUUCUGCCCACUGGGGAGCUUUACGUGCGACACGUGGAGUCCGGAGAUCGCCUGAGAAGCUAUCGCUGCAAAACGAGGCACAAGCUGACCAACGAAGUCGUCACGAGCGCUUCGUCGGGCAGGCUCAUCAUUCAAGAACCUCAAGGCGCCGCAUCUCCCAAGAUCACCGACAGCCACCCUUUUGUCCAUGCUGUCGAGGGACAGGAUUCUGUUGAACUGGCUUGCGCAGCUCAGGGCUAUCCUGUUCCAUCGUACCGGUGGUACAGAGAGCUCGGCGGUCGGCUGCUGGACCUGACGAGAGACCUGAGGACGACGCAGACCGAAGGGUCUCUCCUUCUAUCAGCGCCGCUCGUGCGGGACAGCGGCAAGUAUUUCUGCGUCGUCAACAACAGCGUAGGCGAGGAACAAGUCCGUACCACGCUUUCCGUUACCGCACCGUUGAAAGUCGAGCUGUUCCCGGCGGUUCAGACGGCUGACGUCGGUCAGCCGGCGGUCUUUAACUGCACGGUGACUGGACACCCUGUGCGGUCGCUCUUCUGGUACAAGGACCAGCGACCUCUGGAGGCCAACGCCCGGGUCUCGUUCCUCGCCACGGGCAUGCUGCGCAUAAGUGCCGUGCUCCGAGAGGACGCCGGCAUGUAUCAGUGCUACGCACAUAACGAGGCCGAUUCAGCGCAAGGGUCAGCGGAACUGCGGCUUGGAGAUGUGGCGCCGUUCCUGACGUCCGUCUUCGACGAGCAGACGUUGCAGCCCGGGGAGUUGGUGUCUCUCCGCUGUUCGGCGGCCGGCAACCCGUUGCCGCAGGUCACCUGGACUCUGGACGACGCACCAGUGCCGGACUUCCAUCGCUUUCGCGUGGGCGACUUCGUGACCGCCGACUCCGUGGUCGUGAGCUUUGUCAAUAUCACCGAGCUGAGAGUCGAGGACGGUGGUCUGUACGCCUGCGCCGCGGCGAAUGCCGUCGGCGAAGCUCGGCACGGCGCCCGCGUGAACGUGCACGGCCCUCCCGUCAUCCGACCCAUGGGAAACGUCUCCGUCGUCGCCGGCACUACGCUAAGGGUGGUUUGCCCCGUCGCGGGCUACCCCAUACACAGCGUCGUGUGGUUCAAAGGCGACGCCCAGCUGCCGACCAACCACCGACAGCAGAUAGCGCAGAGCUCGCUAAGCGUACACAACGUGCAGCGGGCCUCUGAUGAGGGAGAAUACUCGUGCCUGGCCCGCAGCGGGAACCUCACCGCACGUGGCAACACCUUCGUCAGGGUCCGAGUGCCUCCCGUUAUUGACAGCCAGAUGCUUCCUGACGUGCUGACGGCGAACGAAGGCAUGAACGUGAAAAUGCUGUGCAGCGUGGUCCAAGGAGACCCGCCCAUCACUUUGCGCUGGACACGCGGCGGUCGCACCGUGGCGCGCAGUGCGUCCGUGUCUCUGCAGAGCCUCGAGGACUCCUCCGUGCUGACGAUGAAAGGCGUGUCCAUGCGGGACUCCGGAAACUACACCUGCGAGGCGUCCAACAGGGCGCUGACAGUCAACAGGACUGUCUCCCUUGUCGUCAACGUGCCGCCCAUGUGGACAACUGAGCCUUCAAAUGGCAACGUAGUCCUCGGAGGCAUCGCAGCUUUGCACUGUGCCGCGGAUGGAUUCCCCACGCCUCGCAUCGAUUGGAAGAGGGCGCAAGGCAGUGAACCACGGAACUUUCGUCUCGUUUCCGGGAGCUACCGAGUUCACGUGCACACCAACGGCACACUGGUUGUUCAAGACGCUGAGCUGGCCGAUGGUGGUUACUACCUCUGCGAGGCUCACAAUGGCAUUGGCGUUGGCCUCAGCCGAGUGGUCACGCUAGCCGUGAACGUGCCCCCCAGCUUUCCUUCGAAGUUUACAAGCCAGAACGUCAAAAGGGGCCAAGAAACGGUGCUGCGCUGUGAAGCCACAGGUGACCCCGACAUGACCAUCACGUGGGAGAAGGACAAACACCCGUUGGACCUCACUGCAGAAAAGAGGUACACCCUACUCAGUGACUCAUCAACAGGAAAACUGACGUCAACGCUCACGAUCAAGUCGGCCGAAAGAAGAGACGGGGCUCUCUAUACCUGCAUUGUGAGGAACCCUUACGGAUCGGACGAGACGAACGUGCAGCUUCUGGUGCAAGAGCCCCCGUCAUCUCCUGCGGAUGUGCGCGCCAUGAAGAUAUCGAGCCGGUCGAUAGAGAUAUCUUGGUCUCCUUCGUACAAUGGAAACAGCCCCAUUCGGAAGUACCACGUACACUUUACAAACACGACAAGCUGGGACAUUCCAGGCGCGACCUCACACCUUUCGGUUCCCGGCACCGAAAACAGGGGCAUUGUUUACAAGCUGCUGCCAAUGACAACCUACAGGAUAAAGGUGGUCGCGGAAAAUGCUUUGGGGCACAGCGCGCCCAGUGAUACGCUAGAAGUGACCACCAGUGAAGAGGCCCCCGGUGGUCCACCACUGCACGUAAAAGUUGAAGCCACCGGUUCCCAAUCAUUGAAAGUGACGUGGGAGCCACCUCGCAAAGAGCUCCAGCACGGCAAAAUACAAGGCUACUACAUCGGCUACAAGGAGAAAGACCGUGACGACACCGAGUUCCAGUACAAAAAUGUGGAAGCCCUAGAGACUGGCGGUUCGCGCCGUCACCACAUGAGUCACCUGACGAACCUCAAGCGAAAGACCACCUACGUAGUCAAGGUACAGGCAUACAACAGCGAAGGGGCGGGGCCUAUGUCGGACGACGCGAGCGCCACCACGCUCGAAGCAGUGCCACCGACAUCGCCGGCGCUCAUAUUCAAGACCAGCACAACCAAUUCGGUCACCGUUGAAUGGGAACGUUAUCAGGAUGACAUGACAGUAAGAGAUUACGUGCUCCACUACCAAGCCGAAGGUGGCGAAUGGCAGCAAAAGGCCAUCAGCACUAGCUCGAACAAGUUCACCCUGGAGGGACUCAAAUGUGGUUCGCUCUACAGUUUCUACAUGACCGCAACCAAUAGCCUCGGCACUGCAGAACCACGUGACAUCAUUUACGGCAGAACCAGAGGCGCAGCGCCGGUUUCUUCGAAACGAGAGAACUUCAUUGAGGUGAACGCUACCUCGGCGACACUCAGGCUAGACAUGUGGCAGUCUGGUGGCUGUCCGAUUCUCCACUUCGCCGUGCAACUUAGGCCCAUUGCCCCUGCCGGACAACCGCAGCAGCAGCAAUCGUGGAAGCUUGUGUCUGACGUCAUUCCCGGCCACCAGAGGCACUUCGAAUUGCGCCACCUAUCGCCCGGUAGGGAAUACGAGGUCCGUGUCAGCGCUCACUCGGACGCCGGCACCACUGAGGCCGACUACUCCAUAAGGACGCUCAACAGGUCGCACAUGGCCGGGGUCAGCUCUACCCAUGGAUCAUCCGGGGUCCAGGCAGGAGAUGGUAGCGACGUGCCACUGUACCGGAACCUGUCCAUUCUACUUCCGGUCAGCGUAUCUGUGCUCGUGCUCAUCGUCGUCAUCGCAUUGGUCAUGGUGUGCUUCCGGCGACAGAACGACGCCUACAGCGCCGCCAGUGCCGCCGACGAGAAUCACAUGGACGACCCGCUGCGCAAGUGCCAAGGCAGCACGGACUCGAUGAGCAUGACCGAGUUCUGCGCCAAGAAGGAGCGGCUGCAGCAGCAAGACGCCUACGGGAAGGCCACCUCCUACUACGCCUCGCCAGCCCGGAAACCCGUCCCUGUCGCAUCGGGAUCGAGGAGAGGGCGCCGAGGGGAGGAGGGCCACGAGUACGCCGAGCCUUACGCCGCGCUGCAGGCCCAGCAGCAGCGACUACUGGCGGACGCCGACUGCGCUGCCGCAGUGGCGAUAGCAUACCGGGCACGCUGCGAUGCUGCCCCUUACGCAACAAUCAAGCGCAGUCCACCUAGGUCUCAUAUAGCGGGUUACUGUCAAGAGAUAUCUUGACAAUGGGAUACCUCAAGCAAUGGUGCGGUGCAAUGCUUGGUCUAAGCCAACAAGGGUGAAGAGAUGAUCGAGUCCUCAUCAUCCCGGCCAGUUCUGUUCUCCUAACACACGAUGAAGACGAAGGCGAAGACGGGCGGCUUCUUCGUCGUCUUGUAUAUCAGCGAGCAAUCCUACGGACGCCUCGCACGGUUGAGAACUCGUGCCGAUAUCUGUGUUACCGACAAAACCUCUUCCGCGUCACGGUACAAAGGACGGCGCAUAUUGUGUGUCUACAUCAACGUCUGUGGUAUCCCAUUAUGACAAGUGCUGCCGCAGGCUUGGAAGGAUCGGGACAGUGUGCUGUUGUAGUUUAAUACAUGACGCGUAAAUGCCGUUGGGUGAUGUUGGUUAUCAGUUUGAUGUCGCUGGUUGCCAUAAUUAUAUCAUUAUUGUCGUCGACAUUCGUUUUUUCGCCAUUGUUUUCGUCAUCACUGCUCAGGACAGCUGCCGUGCCCUCAUUACAGGCGGUACGUACGAAUCUCAUACCGAUGCCGAUGAUCGCUAUUAAUUGCGAAAACCAGACUCACCCCACACUAGGCAUUAAUGGAAGAAAUGGUGUGGCGGCUAAAAGUGGUCUGUACGCAUUCCCACGGUUUGAUAACAUUAACGUUUUACUCGUACAGCAGGUUUUCGAAACGUAAGAAUACUAGGAGUGCAGAGGACAUGAUAUUCUACGAGUACAUGAAGUGCAAAUUUGGCAUACCAGGUGCGCAAAAGGCAUGAUAAAUCGCAAUACGCAUACAACUUACGCGUAGGAGUGCUGUCACAUACAAGCACGAGCAAUGCAUCCACUGGCGCGUCACUAUACGGUGGUACUUGCGGGAAUAUGACGUUUCCUUUUAUUGUGUGAACGCUGUUAUAUCCGAAAAUUUGUUGGAUGGCUCCCAUUGGGAAGGGCGUAAAUAUCCUAAGCACUGUUACUGUUGCACAGAUUCACGGCUCCCCUUGUUGUCGCCUCUAUGUGGCUGUCGUUGCAAUGCGUUAGUAAAAGAAACCAUGUUUCUGUGUCCUAAAUACGAGAACUUCGUUGGGCUGUUAUAAGAGUUACGCUUCUCCCAAAGACGUUAGAACGGAGGGUGAAUAUGUGAUGUCAUCAGUAAUCGCGCUUCGUGUGAACCUAAAGCAACAACAAUAUGAAUCUUUCCAUCGAUGUACUGCACUUCGCAUAACACCUUUACAUAACUUGAAAUGGUACUAUAUGCAGAGAGAAAAAAAAAGAAGAAGAAAUGGCACAAGCAAGGAAUAACUGGAUGUCACACUGCUAUACAAUUUUCAUCCGACGUGCUAAUUUAGUUUAUCUCUUACAAUAAUUACGUUCCAAGUACUGACCUUCAUUAGAAGCGAUCGUACUAGCUACUUUAAUUGCAUUAUGGAGCCUUAAUGCGGAAUCUGCUUGAGAGCCCAACGCAGUUUUAAUAAUAAUUGUUGGGGUUUAACGUCCCAAAACCACGAUAUUAUUAUGAAGGACGCCGUAGUGGAGGGCUCCGGAAAUUUCGAUCACCUGAGGUUCUUUAACGUGCACCUAAAUCUAAGCACACGGGCCUCAAGCGUUUUCGCCUCCAUCGAAAACGUGGCCACCGCGGCCGGGAUUCGGCCCCGCGACCUGUGGGUCAGCAGUCGAGCACCAUAACCACUAGACCACCGUGGCGGGUCACCGUGCACUUUUACGACGCCUCCAUAAUAUCGAAGGCAUUGCUAAAAAGUCAAUGAAGGUCUUGCGUGUGGAAGGGCAAUCAUAUCCUGUAUGACAAUGUUUAAGAUUUCUCUUACAGUCGUAUAGACAGAUGACGUCGUAAUUUGUAUGUAUAGGACUCUGAACAAAUAAGAAAAUGUUAUUAAUUAUGUUUGCACUGAAAUUUUUGAGUCACAGAUUUAUUCCAAAACUAUAUUAAUCUUAUUUUUAUGCGCUUCGCUGCAGUAAGCUGUGGGGAAGCAAAUAAAUUCAACGUGAAACACUCGGUUUUCUCCUAAAAAUAAAAGAGCUGCGUGGAUCGAGAAAGCGGUGUGAAUCAUUUUUUUCACGUGGUUCACUGCUGUUGGUUGGUUGUUUGGUUGGUCGAACUUCAUUAAACUGUCCUGAGAGACGCAACUAGCGCGCAGUGGGCUCCUCCCACGUUGGGACGGGUUAGUUAUGAAAAAACCCGUAAACAGGGGGCGGGUGCUCGAGCCGACGUUUCGACAAGUGGUCCUGCCUUCUUCAAGCCUGGAACUGAUUUCCUGAUUUCACAGGCUUCCAUCUUACCCAUCCUGUCGUUUUUUGGACUGCUGUUAGUUGCAGUAGGAGUAAAUAAACGCGACAAAAAGCCUUCGUUUCUUCCUAACAAAGACAUAAAUGUGUAACUUGAAAACAGCCUAAGGCCAAGAAACGUGGCGUCACGUUUACUUCAGGCUGCCGUUUUCACCUAUGCGCUGGCGCAUAUACCAUAUACAGUAUAGAGCGUAAGCAUAAACAACCUAAAGAAAUUUGAUUAUUGUGUUUACUAAACCGCCCGUUGGAAGUUGUUGUUAAUGGACAUGCUUUACCGUAGCGCUGGUGAACUUUAUGUCCGUUUCUGUAUGUUUAUUCGCAUUUUUUUUACAUACUUCGCAGCAACGGCCCUUUAAUAAGUGGUUUUGUGCCUUGUUGACCACGUUGGCGUUAUCGAAACAUAUUUUGCGUAGAUUGUUAUUUAAUGAUGUGUUUGUGUUUCUUGUGGUCCAAGUUUGAACCUUCAAUCUGUGCGUUUGGAAUGGCGCUUAACUGCUGCAAAUGUUUACAGUGCAUAUCACGGAACAUGUCUUUAUUAACAUGACCUGCAAAUGAUUAAACAUUGCUGUCCCAUCUUGGCCCAUAGAGGCAAAAGCAUGCUUUUUUUUUAUUCCAUCUGUCUGAAAGCUAGUUUCUUUUUUCAGGUUAACAUUCUGAUAAAGCUGAUAAAAAAAAAAAAACUUAAUUAAUUGGUAGGUAUGCUUUGCUUAUUGCACUUUGCAGUGGGCCAGGCUUUAACAAUAAAUAGAUUCUCCAAUGGCAGCUUUCAACGGUUCCAAUACUUACCCCGUGCGCUCAACUGUCCGGCCUACUCCCAUGUAACCAGCACAAGCUGGUUAAUAUACCUGCGUCCAAGUGAAGUCGAGUAGCUUAAGUAAGAACGGAACGAAAUGUAUCAACAGAAAUUUGCGCUGACGAUGGCACUAAUAGCCUAAUGGGUACUGUCAUUCCUAAUUAUGUUUGCGAUUACGUACAAUAUGAACUUCAAGAAAAAGCUUUGCCGUAUAUUUAGAAAAUAAUGAUUAAGUGAAGGUCUCCAGAUUUGUCGGAAUAUAGGUCAUCUUCAUUAAAAUAAAGUUUUUUUCUCAUCUGUUUCGUUUGAGGCGAUGCGGUCAUCGGCACUCAUGAUAUCUUCGUGCACACUAUCACGUCAUCUUAUAGCAGUUUCAACCAGUGAGCACACACCAAAAAAAUGCGAUAGAGCUGGUUUGAACAUUCCAAUGUCUUUGCAAGCGUUCAAUUAGUCUCAUGUGAUUACGGUUUUAUAUCUGUCACCAGCGUUGCUUUCUUUGUCACCACGUGAAACAUAGUCUGCACAUCAAAAUGCACAUGCAUGAAUGACAGCGGGGCGCGAGAGUCAGUUUGGUCGCGAUCUUGAAAUGGGUGCUACUAACCCUGAGAAGAAGAAGAGGAACCACCUGGAUUCAUCCUCAGUGGAGU